AUGAUAAAUGGUAGAUUGCAGGGGGGGUUUCAAGGAGUUAAGGGGCUUCGACAAGGAGACCCUAUCUCUCCUUUACUUUUUGUCUUAGUUGUGGAAUAUCUUUCUCGGAUGCUUCAGCUUGGUGCUUUGCAACAUGAUUUUCGGUUUCACCCAAUGUGUAAAAGUCUCAAAAUCAUCAACUUAUGUUUUGCUGAUGAUUUAGUGAUUUUUUGCAAAGCAAACCGAAGUUCAGUUCAGAUUAUUCAGCAGGUUUUUGAAGAAUUUUGCCACAAUUCUGGAAUGAAGGCUAAUUUAAGCAAGUCUCAAGUUUUCUUUAGUGGUAUUUCAGCUCAAGAAAAACGCCAGUUACAGCAACUGUUACAGUUAGAAGAGGGCACCUUCCCCCUUAAGUAUCUUGGAGUCCCUAUGAGACCUACAAAAUGGAAAGAGGCUGACUAUGGAGAAAUUCUUAAAAUAAUAAAGCUUAGACUUCACACUUGUAUAAUCAAAGAAGUUGAAAAGCUUUGCAUGUGGUUUCUUUGGGGUAAUAAUGGCACAAGGAGCAAUUUUCAUCUUACAUCCUGGUCUACGGUUUGUUUGCCUAAAGCUUUUGGUGGAUUGGGUUUUGGUGAAGGUUCUAAGUGGAGCAAGGCAAUGCUUGGUAAGUACGUAUCGGCUAUCAGCCAUCAGCAGGAAGCUUUAUGGGUGAAAUGGGUUCAUGCAGUGUAUUUAAAGGGGCAAAACUUUUGGCAAUACCAACUUAAGGCUGAUACCAGUUGGUAUUGGCACAAAAUCUGUCAAUUGCGUAAGUUGUUUUCUCAAGAGGAGAUCGAAAAAGCUGGAAGUCAUGGAAGGUUUAAAAUUAGGCAGCUGUAUACUGGUCUUAUUCAUCAUAUCCCUGUCAAUUACAAGCAGUUUGUUUGGAACAGAGUUGUCCAUCAGGUUCAUGAUUGGUUCGGCUGUACAUGGCCUCUAAUAUUCUCGGACUGGUACAGGUGGAUAGAAGGCAUGAGGAAGGGGUUGAUUUGA